CGGGGACCUGGAUGAUCGUUGAAGAAUCUUGAGAGAAGGAAGCGGCAACUUCAAUGGAGAAACCGGAGAAGAGAGGAAUGAUCGACACGUGGCUUGAUAAGCACCGUUCGUUAUACACGGCGGCUACACGUCAUGACUUCGUCGUCUCCAUCCGCGACGGAUCCGUUGACCUCUCCUCCUUCAAAACUUGGCUGGGGCAAGAUUACCUCUUCGUGAGGGGGUUCGUGCCGUUUGUAGCGAAUGUUCUGAUCAGAGCUUGUAAAGAGUCCGGCGUGACUUCCGACAUGGAAGUGGUUCUUGGUGGUUUAGCUUCGUUGAAUGAUGAGAUCGAGUGGUUUAAAAGUGAAGGGUCGAAAUGGAGCGUUGACUUCUCGACCGUUGUGGCUCAAAAAGCUAAUCAAGAAUAUCGCAGGUUUCUUGAAGCUAUGAUGAGUAGUGAGGUGGAGUAUUCGGUGGUGAUGACGGCUUUCUGGGCGAUUGAAGCGGUGUAUCAAGAGAGCUUUGCUCACUGUUUAGAAGAGGGGAAUAAAACUCCAGCGGAGCUUACCGGAGCUUGCAAUCGGUGGGGUAACGACGGGUUUAAACAGUACUGUUUAUCUGUGAAGAGCAUUGCGGAGCGUUGUUUGGAGAAUGCCUCUGGGGAAGCUUUGGCUGAAGCUGAAGAUGUUCUUGUACGUGUUCUUGAACACGAGGUUGCGUUUUGGGAGAUGAGCCGUGGUGGACAGUAGCUAAUGCUUUUGAGUCAGAUUUCUCUAAUGUGUGUGAAAGACAAACUCUGUUGUUGUGUUGUGUGGUUACGAGAAACUCUGCUUUUGCCUCUUUGUUACCUUAUGAUCUUUCUCAUUAUGCGACACUACUUGGAUGUGUUACGAGUAUCUUGGUUUGAAACUAAUAAGGUUAUUGAGAAUCCUCUCGAGGCUUAGAUGUCACAUUCACACAAGGAGAUUCC